AUGCUCCCUGGAAGACGCCGUCUCCAGCAAGGCCGUCGCAGCGGCGGCCCACCCUCCACCGCAGCCUCACGCACCGCAACCCCACGCACCGCAGCCCCAUCGACCGUCGCACCAGCUGAACUGCCUCCAUACAAAGAGCAAGCAUGCGCUCUCGACGACGAAGCCGUACAGUCGCUCUUUCUCCUAAGCCAGAACCUCAAGACCGAGAAGCUCGACGAACAUGUCCGUGAGUCCCUUGGGCUCAUUGGCCGGGCGACUUUCGACUUGAAUGAGACGCUUCAGAGCGCACGGGCCAAUCUCGAGAGUUUAGGCGAAGGGAAAGAAGAGGAGAGGGCGAGGAUGAAAAAGAAAGUUACGAAGCUCGAGGGUUUAGCAGAGGAACUCACGGUGGAGGCGGAUAGAUCCGUGAGAAUGCUGAUUGAUAUCAAGGCGAACGUGGCUGACGAGCGCGAAUCCAUCAAAGCGACGCACGACGCUACGUCGCAUAUUGCUAGGACCCGUCAGCAGGAGAGGAGGUUAAGGGAGCAAAGGCAAAUGGAACUCGGGGAGCCGGUAGAGGAUGUUAGGGAUGCCUUGGUUGAACCCCAGUUCGACGCCUCAACACAAUUGAUCAAGGAGCUGAGAGAGCAGAAAUCGGACGAGUACGAGAACAUGUCCAUGUAUCAACGGUACAGCGUGAACAACGACUACAUUGAGUUCAAGAGGCAGUGGCACAUGGGUCUAUAUGGCGCUGAUGCCGUUGUUCCCGAUGCCAAGCGGUGGUUCAGCCGGGAGGGCCAACCGGUGUUCAACUACGGUCACAGCGGAGAUCAUGCUCCCAGGAACGGUGGGGGCGAGGAAGACGAGGAGAUGGCGGUCGAAGAUGAAGAACUCGUCAUUGAGAGGGAGAAGGUCAGCACGAGGUGUCCGCUGUCGCUGCAGGAGAUGAAAGAGCCUUAUACGAACACUGUGUGCAAGCACACUUUUGAGAGGUCUGCAAUUCUGGAGUUCUUUGGUGAUGCGCGAAGGGUACAAUGUCCACAAGCAGGGUGCAGCGCGUCGUUUUCUCGAGCCGACCUCAUCCCUGAUCAGGCCAUGUUUGCGCGAAUUCGCAGGGCGCAAAGGGAGCGCCGGGGUCCAGAGUUGGACGAGGAUGAGGAUGAGGAUGAGGAUUCUAGGAUGGAGGAAGCCGGCGGAGGCAGUGUCAAAGAAGAGCCGAGAGAACCCACGACUGCGAGAUCCGGGCGAUCACGUCGAUCGAUUAAGCUGGAAUCGAUGCGUGCCAAUGAUGAUAAUUGA